UGUUCGAGCAAAUAUUGAACUUCUGAAGCAACCAUCAUGCUGGCACUCACGUCACUCAUCCGCCAAGCUAAGCUUCAGCCUUCCCUUCUUCGGUUCCCUUUCAUAUAUAAUACAAAAUGCGGGGAUAUCUCACCGUCUCCCCCUACUUAUCCUACUUCAAGCCUUCGAGUUCGAUCCAAUGUUGCCACUGACUAGCCUGACCAUCGUCCUGUCGCUCCUUGUCGUCGGAUCCCCAGUUUCUUCUAUUCCCUUGAACACCCAAAAAACAGUUGUUAGCCUUGUCACUAAAUUCAAAGCAGGUGGUGUAACCAAUGUCGUUGCAGGCGACAGAACACGCGCCCAUGUGCUGUAUCGGGCUGCGAUAAGUGGCAAGCACGAUGCGAAUGCAUCCAUCACCAACGUUCCACCCAUAGGUUACACUAUACAGGUUGGUUUCGGUAACCCAAUGAAACACUAUGGGCUUCUUGUGGAUACUGCCAGUGGCAAUACGUGGAUUGGAGCAGACCAAGAAUAUACCAAGACCAAUACCAGUACUGGAACUGGAAACACAGUCUCUGUCUCCUACGGAUCCGCCAAUUUCUCCGGGGAAGAGUACCUAGACACUAUCACGCUGGGCUCAUUGAGCAUUAGUAACCAAUCGAUCGGGGUGGCGAACAAAUACAAGGGCUUUGAAGGUGUCGAUGGCGUCCUUGGCAUUGGUCCCGUGAACUUGACAAAGGGCACGGUGUCUAACACGGACACAGUCCCCACUAUCAUGGACAAUCUCUUCAGCCAAGACUCUAUUGAUUCUGAGAUCCUCGGUGUCUACUUUGUCCCUGUAUCGGAAGAGGAUGCAACUGGCACGCUCACUUUUGGCGGCUGGAAUAGCUCUUUAAUGACAAGCGAUAUCACAUAUGUCCCCAUCACCAAUACCUCACCCGCUUGUACUUACUGGGGAAUCAACCAGUCCAUCAAUUACGGCGAUUCAAAUCUCUUGUCUUCGGUGUCAGGGAUUGUCGACACUGCCACCGUACUCAUUCUCAUUGAGUCAGACGCCUUCAAAACUUAUCAAUCUGCCACUGGCGCUACCUUGGAUGAGACCACAGGGCUGCUGAAGAUCACUCCAGAUCAAUACAGCAGCCUGAAACCCCUUAUAUUUACCAUCGGAGGGACCGCGUUCACACUCACUCCGAACGCACAGAUCUGGCCUCGCUCGAUGAAUAGCGUCAUUGGCGACACCAGCGGCAAUAGCGAUAACAUUUAUCUCAUCGUCGCAGAUAUUGGCAACAAAACAACUUUCGGUUUCGUCAGCGGAUACACAUUCCUUGAACGUUUCUACAGCAUCUUCGAUACCACGAAUCAACGGGUUGGAUUCGCCACUACAGCUUAUACUGAGUCAACUUCGAACUGAAUGCAUUUUUAAUACGAUUAAAUGUAUGUAUAUGGCUGCGGGCUGGAUCCGCUCGAUUCAUUAUUCCACGCAUACCCUGUAACGCAAUGUGAAUACAAUCGCCAUGUCAGCAUGUAAUAAAAGGACUAUUAUUGUUUGGUAGCGUCAUUUUGGUAAUAGAUGCCCAUGCAAACCAUC